AUGGCACCGUGUGGUCUGCCAUCUGGUGGACAUCGCCAUAACUACUGCCACCACCUUCUCCCGAGGCCCGAGAAGGCGUGGCCCGAGAGAGCGGCCCAGGCCCUGGGGCAGGACGGCGCUGGGGGAGGCAGGUCUCCUAACCCCGCGGACCCGCCCACAUCCUGCUUCCCGGGACGGGAACUCCCGAAGCUGGGCUUGAUUGGCCGGAGAGUCAGGUGCUCAAUCCUGGGGAGGCGGGUGGGGUGGGCAAGCCAGCACCCUCUCCUUUCCCAAGAGGCCAUAGGGCCUGGGGAGGGGGCAAAUCCUACUGCCUGGGGUAACUCUGGGACAGAAUACUGGGGAGCCUCCCCAGUUGGGACCCCCAUUCUUCCCUUUGCCCUGGAUGAGUGUGCUCUGACAUCAGCUCCCUCCCCCCGCCUGCUCCCAACCCCCUCACCCCCACACCAAAACAAACAGUAGCACCACCUUCCCCACUCUCCUUACACCCAGAGGGAUCUAGUGCCCAGGUAAUCUCAGCUGGAGAGAUCCAUCAGCCAACAGUGGACACUGUGGAACCUUGGUGGAGGAUGGGCCAGGAGGCCCCAUUGGAGCUCCAGCCCUUCAGCAGCCCAGAUAAAAGAGAUGGAUGGAGAAAAACUAUUCCUACCCCCAGACCCCACCCAUUCGCAGACCAUUAUCCUUCCUCCGGAGAUGCUCUGCAUUGAGCAAAGCGGGCAUGGUAGCAUCGAUGCGCCCGCAGGGGGCGCCCUCGACCCGGCUCUCUUUCAGCGCGGAGCCAACCUUCCUCUGGUCCAGAUGCAGAACAGCACGCCCCCCACCAGCCCAUACCCCUGCUCCUGCUUCCCCAGUCGCUUGGAGUUCGCUCUGUAUCCAACCCGCCAGCGCUGUCGUGCGCGGCUCCGGGGCCACCGGCUCAAGCCAGGCUUCGGCAAUGAGAAUCGUCCUGUGGCUUAG